GGGUUCAGAAAUUGAGCUUGAGAGAGAGGGAACGGCCAUCCACGGAUCAGGAGUAGAAAAAGCCUCGAUGAUCGGCUUUCUGUCAAGCAUCACCCUCGUGGAUCCGUGAUGACAUGUUUUAAUCCGCUGGGAGGCCACUGAUACACAAAAGGACUCUCUUUGUGUUCGCUCUCUCCUCUCACUGAGUGAGAAUCUUCUUGUUCUCCUCUGUCCGCUGUCCUUUCAAGCCUGCUGUCUCGCCCUGUGUUGUACUUUCAACGAGACAACAUGGCUUCCCACAAUCUGUCGACGUGUGGGAGGAUUGACGACACCUUCGGCCCGUAUGCGUUACACUGUCGGGGGGGUUUCGACUUCACUCUUUUGUUCGAGGAGACCUUCCUCACCAUCAUUCCCGUCGGCUUGCUGCUGCUUGUUAUUCCGUUUCGUGUCCACUACCUGUUCAAGAAGCAGAAGAAAGUCAACGAUGGCCCAUUAGUACAUCUCAAGCUUACCGCCCUAGCCGCUUUCGCAGUUCUUCACUUGAUCCUGUUGGUCCUCUGGACUCGCCCAUCCGUCGAGCGGACUCGAACUUCUCUUGUUACCAAUGCUCUCACACUUGGAAGCGCUCUCACCUUCUGCUUGCUGUCAUACUUCGAGCAUAUCCGCACUGUCAAGCCCUCGUUCUUACUCAGUGUAUAUUUCCUUAUCACCCUUCCUUUCGACGCUGCGCGGUGUAGGACAUUAUGGCUACGCCGAACGAGCGACUACGGUUAUCUGAUUGCUCUCACUUUUACGGUGACGGUUGCUCUCAAGGUUAUCAUCUUGGUGCUUGAAGCGGCCCCGAAGCGCGGUAUUUUGAAACCCGAGUACCAGGCGUAUCCACCUGAGGCAACAAGUGGGGUAAUCAAUCGAUCCUUCUUCUGGUGGGUCAAUCCACUCUUUUGGUUCGGGUAUUCGAAUCUCCUCUCCAUCGAAAACCUUUUCAACCUCGACAAGCAUCUUGUUUCGGAGCGCGUGCACCAACGCAUGGAAGCAGCAUGGAGCAAAGUCAAGAGCAAGGGUCCGAACUCGCUCUUGUGGGUUACAAUAAAAGUGUUGAAAUGGCGACUAAUGUCCAUUAUAUUCCCGCGCCUGUGUCUCAUUGGAUUCACAUUUGCACAACCAUUCUUGAUCAACCGAGCAAUCAAGUUUGCCUCGCAACCCGAAUCACGAAACAGCGAGGGCAUCGGAAACUCCCUGAUCGGUGCAUACAUCCUGGUUUAUAUCGGAAUAGCGGUAUCCAUGGGUCAAUACCAGCAUUUGACAUAUCGCGCGAUUACUAUGGCUCGAGGUGGCCUCAUUGGGAUGCUCUACAGGAAGGCAACCGACCUAAGCAUCAAGGACGUCGACCCCGCCUCCUCACUAACUUUAAUGAGUGCCGAUAUUGAGCGCAUCGUGCAGGGUUGGCAAACAAUGCACGAAAUGUGGGCCAAUAUUAUUGAGGUCGGCAUUGCCAUUUUCCUUCUCUACCUACAGCUUGGUGUGGCUUGUGCCGUGCCAAUAGCCGUCUCGAUUUUGUCGCUGGUCUUAUCAAUCAUCGCAAUGAACUUUGUGACUGCCCACCAGGCGCUUUGGCUCGAGGCUAUCGAGCGCCGUAUUUCGGCAACAACCGUGAUGCUUGGCUCUAUGAAGGGUGUUAAGAUGUGUGGUCUUAAGCAGACCCUGUUGACGAAUUUGCACAAUCUUCGAAUUGAGGAGCUGACCAUCUCCAAAAAAUUCCGUAAACUGUUGAUCUGGAAUAUGGGAUUUGCCUACGUUUCCCAGGUCUUCAGCCCUAUUCUUACCUUCACCGUCUUCUCGAUUUUGGCAAAGAAGAACGGCGAUAACUCAAUUCUCGAUUUCGCCAGAGUUUUCACGUCCCUGUCACUGUUUGCGUUGCUAUCCGAACCGUUACAGUCGCUCAUUUUGGCCCUAGUCACGUUCCUGGGCUCCGUGGGCUGCUUCUCUAGAAUUCAACAGUUCCUGGACAAGCCCUCACGUGUUGAUCCCCGGCAUAAGCCCAUGGACAUCCCCGAUGACAUCAUGGACAGCUCGCAGAGUUUCCCGGCCACCGAGCACAACAGCAUGACAACAGAGAAGACACGUGUAUCAAGCGCCCUCAGUGUUGCGAAAUUGUCUUUCCCAUUCAAGGAUGCACCGCAGCCGCUUGCUGAUGGAGACGUCGUCACGAUCCAGGAUGGCUCUUUUGGCUGGGAUCCGGAUAAACAACCGCUUCUUCGGGAAAUCAGCUUGUCGAUCCCCAGGGAAAAACUCACUAUGAUUGUUGGCCCUGUCGGAUGUGGGAAGUCGACUCUCCUAAAGGCUAUUCUCGGCGAAGUACCGUGCAUGGGGGGACGCGUCGAUGUGGCGACUCUCAACAUGGCAUACUGCGACCAGACCGCCUGGCAUAUGAACGAAUCUAUCCGAGACAGCAUUACUGCCGUGUCGGGUUUCGAUGAGCAGUGGUAUACAACCGUCCUUCGCGCAUGCUCGCUAGAGGAAGAUCUACAACAACUUCCUCGAGGCGAUCGGACCAUUGUUGGAAGCAAGGGAAUCGCUCUCAGUGGAGGCCAGAGUCAACGUAUUUCCCUCGCCCGGGCUGUCUAUGCCCAAAAGGAUGUUAUCAUCUUGGACGAUGUCCUGAGCGGUAUUGAUGCAUCCACCGAAAACCAUAUUUUCCACAAUCUGUUAGGACAGAACGGUUUGCUGCGGAGAAUCCACUCCACCAUCAUCCUCGUCUCCUCUUCCCCUAAGCGACUCCCGUACUCCGACUACAUCAUCGCUCUUGACGCUGAAGGCAAGAUCUGUGAGCAAGGUAGCUUCCAAACCUUGAACUCCGCUGCCGGAUAUGUGUCUAGCUUCUCGCUUCCUCCUCCAGACUGGACGUACAAGGCCGACCCGGAUGCCCACCGUGGCGUUACAUCGAUCGUUCAGGAGGAUGAGCCCGACAACCUUCGCAGCAACGAGGCCCUGGAGGCUGAAGCCAACAGGAGAACUGGAGACGUAGGCAUCUACCUCUACUAUGUCGGAUCCGUUGGCUGGUUCGCCGCUCUCAUGUUCGUUGUCUUUGUCUGCGGCUUUGUGUUCUGCAUUGCCUACCCGACCAUUUGGCUCAAGGAGUGGGCAAGUGCAAAUAUUGAAAACCCAUACCAGAGACUCGGCUACUACUUAGGCAUCUAUGUCAUGCUUGGCUUUUUGGCAAUUAUCUGCCUUAUUGCUAGCUGCUGGCAAAUGAUUAUCACCAUGGUGCCAAAGUCUGGUGAAGCUUUCCAUCUGACACUGUUAAAGACUGUUUUAAGCGCACCAAUGUCGUUUUUUUCCACAACGGAUACAGGCGUGACCAUCAAUCGUUUCAGUCAAGAUUUACAACUCAUUGAUAUGGAAUUGCCUGUUGCUGCACUUAACACAUUUGCAGUAUUUGUUCUCUGUAUCGCCCAGAUGAUCAUUAUUGGUGUGGCCUCUGUUUAUGGUGCAAUAUCUUUCCCAGUCGUCCUUGUAGCUUUGUACUUCAUCCAAAGGUACUAUCUUAGGACCUCUCGACAGCUUCGAUUUAUGGAUCUCGAGGCCAAGGCUCCGUUAUACUCCCAGUUCUCUGAGUGCCUGAACGGUCUAGCAACAAUUCGAGCUUUCGGAUGGCAAAAGUUCCUUGAGGAGAAGAACCGUCGACUCCUCGACCGGUCUCAGAAGCCAUUCUACCUACUCUUCUCCGCGCAGCGUUGGUUAACACUGGUGUUGGAUUUGGUUGUGGCCGGCAUUGCUACUAUUCUAAUCAUCCUUGUCGUCAAGCUGCGUGGUACGAUCGGCGGUGGGUACGCUGGUGUUGCGUUGCUGAACGUCGUCCAAUUUAGCCAGAGCAUCAAGCUGUUGAUUACGUUCUGGACAACCCUUGAAACUCACAUCGGUGCGAUUGCGCGUAUCAAAGUUUUCAAUGAAACCAUGGUGGGUGAAGACAAGGUUACUGAGAACAAUAUGCCUCCAACCAACUGGCCGGGAGAGGGUGGCAUCGAAUUUCAGAAUGUCUCUGCUGAAUAUAGGCCUGGUGAACCUGUUCUUAGGAACGUAUCCCUGAAAAUUAACCCGGGCGAGAAAAUCGGAAUUUGUGGCAGAACUGGAAGUGGAAAGAGUUCAAUGGUCCUGAGCAUUUUCCGAAUGAUUGAGCUCAGCGGUGGUACCAUCACUGUCGACGGCGUUGAUCUCAGCACGAUUCCUCGACAAGAGAUCCGCUCUAGAAUCACCGGCGUUGCACAAGACGCUUUCCUCUUGAAGGGUACCUUGCGUUUGAAUGCCGACCCUACCGGCUUCCUUUCUGAUGGUGCCAUUAUCAAUGCCUUGAAGAGCGUGCAUCUGUGGUCUGUUGUCGACGAAAAUGGCGGUCUCGAUGCUGAUAUCGACGAUCUCCACUUGUCACACGGCCAGAGGCAAUUGCUCUGCCUUGCACGUGCUAUGCUGAGACCUAGCAAGAUUUUGAUCCUUGAUGAAGCUACCAGCAAUGUCGACCGUAAGACCGACGAGAUUAUGCAACGCGUCAUUCGGGAAAAGCUUUCUCGACACACCAUCAUUGCCGUUGCUCACAAGCUCGACACCAUUCUAGAUUUUGACAAAGUGGCCCUCCUUGAUGGCGGUGUGCUCAAAGAGUUCGACGACCCUUACACCCUCUUGUCUGCUGAUUCAGACUUCAGCAAACUCUAUGCGAGCACGAUGUCAGACCAACCCGACGAGGUGGGCAUAAUGGCUGACGACAUGACUGUUUCGUCGGAGGCGCCUGUGUCGAGGUAAAGCCUUUCGGAUAGCUCUUUUAAUUUUUAAUAUUGUCCCUUUUUAUCGGCGCCUUAAUUGUGGGGUGUAUUUAUGGAUCAGUUGGAGAUGAGAUAACGUCGGCGCUGUAUAUUUGCCUGGGCUUAAUCAGUACAUAGAUGUUUGAUAACAUUCUGGUCAUCGUGCUUCUUCUGACCUGUGUCCUCCCUUGACUAGUUCACGACAAGCGCAUAGACUUCUCUAGGUUGCUUAACUAUUUGUUCCUGCUGAUCGUUAUGCCGUUCCUGCUACUGCUACAUUCCCAUACCGCCCGACCCUUUGGCCAUUCUCUACAUGCCUGAUCUACAAAGACAUAGAUUCCUGUGUUCUCACACCUUGUGUUUCUGCUGACCAUUGUCAUUCAUUUUGACAUUUUUGCGUUUAAUUUGGCAGACUUUUGACGGAGUUGAUAAUGUCUUCUGUGUGUAUGUAAUACAUAUAAUGGAGCUGUUUUGGAAGCCAAAUAGUGGAUGAGCCUUUUUGAUGUUUGCCGGAGCUUGCGGGAGGGGCCCUUCUCAUGUGCCUCCGCCACAUGGUAGCUGAGCAAUAAUUCAAAUUUUUUAUUUCAACCUGC